GUGACGGAAGUUCCACCUCGCCUGAAUAUAUCAUUUGUGCCGUCAAUUAGACUUAGGACUGUCUUACUUCAGCCGGGACCCACAAUUUAACGUGCCCAUCCGAUAAUCUGUUCAAAAACUUUUGAUAAUGAGCGGGUUUGAACCGGGAAUUUCUAGGCUGUUAUGCAAGCACUAUAUCCACUACUAGACCACGGAUCACUCCAUAUUCGAAAUUUAUCAAACAGAAACCAAAACCUGACAUAAAUAUUUUUGCUUCUUGAAUAAGGAAUUAUGGGACACUAUAGGGAUAUGGGAACACUACAUUUGUAUUCAUGUGUAGUGUGUGAUAAGAAUUUGAAGUUAAAUUUCGUGAGUGAGGAAAAUGAGAAUAUGUCCUAGUUCUUGAUUAACGUUUUCUUGGAUCAUGGUACAAUAUGGAAGCUGUCCCUCCCACGUUGUGCUCAAGAGUGAAUGGAGUGCAGUUGAGCAGUUUCCUAUGCUGUCUUGUAGUUGUCUGCACCCCUGUGCUAGUAAUCCUUUACACCCUUGCCGACGACCUCGGUUCGGAUGUCACGCAGGCUGACUCGCUGACCCACCACGAACUCCUGGUGAUCGACAGUGACGGCAGCCUCGAUGCUGCAGUGGCCAUCCUGGCAGUGCUGGCCCACCCCGUGUGGGGAACCCGGGUCAACGCCCUCACGUGUGUGCGUGGCAAUGCGAGUGCGGAAGUGCUGGCAAGAGGAUUGGUGGCCGUGUUGAGGAUGGCUGGCAGGAGUGAGGUAAGAAAGAUGGGCACCCCUGUGCUAGUAAUCCUUUACACCCUUGCCGACGACCUCGGUUCGGAUGUCACGCAGGCUGACUCGCUGACCCACCACGAACUCCUGGUGAUCGACAGUGACGGCAGCCUCGAUGCUGCAGUGGCCAUCCUGGCAGUGCUGGCCCACCCCGUGUGGGGAACCCGGGUCAACGCCCUCACGUGUGUGCGUGGCAAUGCGAGUGCGGAAGUGCUGGCAAGAGGAUUGGUGGCCGUGUUGAGGAUGGCUGGCAGGAGUGAGAUUCCUGUUUACAUAGGAUCUCCAGUAGACGCACUGCAGAUGAAUGAAGUUGAUGAUUCCAACAAAUUGAACUCAAAAGACCAGAGUAUGACCAAAACCAAUCCAAAAAAUUGGCUUUCACUGAGCAAUCUUCUAAAACUUGACACAAAUCUGAGCUUGGCUCAAAAAGAGCAUGCUGCGGUUUACCUAUCCAAUUUAGUCCAACAAAAUUCAGGAAUGGUGUCCCUGUUGGUUCUGGGGCCGAUGACAAACGUAGCUUUGGCUAUGCGUUUGAAUCCAGAUUUCAUGUCACAGGUCAAGAGAUUAAUAACGUUGGGAGGAUACAUCAAAGGACCGGGUCAGGGAUGUUAUCACUACAACAAAAUCGAAUCAAUUGACAGUAUAGGAGCUGAUCCGGAUUCCGCAGCGUUUGUGUUGAGAGGUGCUCAUGUGCACAAUUUCAAAAUAACAAUACUCCCAAUCGACACUAUCACAAACAACUUUAUCAGCAAGGCGUGGCUAGCCUCACACCUCAACUCCACCUCAGACCCUAUAGUGAACUUCAUCCUCACCACAGCUAGCCUCACACAGGGAGACCACUGGGACAUACAUGCUCUGUAUGCCGCAUCCAUACUUCUGCAAUCGAACAAAUCAGUUACACUGAAAAGUGACCAGUACUUUGUGGACGUUGAAGUAACGGGCAAACUGACUCGAGGUGUAAUGGUGACCGACUACUACAAUGUUACGGGGAGGAAAGCCAACGCCGAUAUUGUGUUUGAAAUUGAUAGAACUGCGAUUGAGUCUUUGGUAGUCGAAUCUUUUUCAAAAUUGGACAAAAAUCAAUAAAGUGUAAACAUAACCUAUUUUUGGACAAUUUCUAUAUAAAUUUGGGAAAGGAAAAGUUUUGGGCUUUAAGCCUGUUGUUCCUUUCCCAAUCAUUCAUAGUUGAGAAUUAUAUUGUAUGAAUUCACAUUGAUUGAAUUGUAUACUUAUAAUAUUAUAGUUAAGCUUACCUUGUUGAAUCAAAGUUUUUCUAUUGGAAGUAAUAGUAUCGUUUUCUGUUUUGGUACUCGUCACCGGCACUAAAAUUGUGGUUUUGCUGGUUUCGCCGAAUUAGUAUAUUAUUAUGUUAAAAAAUUAUACUUCUUAUUCUAAAAUAUUACUUUUUGUAAUCUGUAUUCAUUUGUGAAUAUUUUUUGUUAAGGCAAUAAAAAUUUGAUUUGAGUUGUCGGAAGAGAGAAGAGUAAAAUGUUCAGACAAUAAUAGAGACUAGAGUCAAAAAUAUCGAUUUCGAGCUUUCAAUCAAUUAUCAUGCAGUCACAUUUCCUUUGUUGAUCAGAAUCGAUUUGAAAGUCGACUUUUUUGUUGAUUAUAUGAACACAUGUAAUGUUGCAGAAAGGUUAAUGGAGUUAUAACAUCCUGUUUUUAUGUUUGAAUAGGGAUAACUCAGUCAUUUUUCAAGCUAUCAAUCUGAUUUUUUUUAAAUUGUUCUUUAUAGUCUCCUUUAUUGAGGAAAUAUGAUAUCUCAAAUUUGAUUUUUGAGACAACUGGUCCCUAUUUGCU